AUGCCUGUAUUUGCCGACGUUCUGGAAAGCCACUACCUCUUCCAGGGUAUUGCAGUGGCCCUGGCCUUUGCAUUUGUGUUUCACUUCUACAGGGAACUCGCAGAUGGCCUGCCAUAUAGUAAAAUUCCCCUCGUUGGGAGGAGUAGAUGGGAGAUCUCCAACUCCAAGGCCAAAAAGCGCUUCGUCACCUCCGCAAAGGAUCUGUUUGCGCAAGGUUUCAGUCAGGGAAGGACCGUCUUUCAGGCCAUGUUUACUUCUGGCCCGACCAUAGUUCUGCACCCUAGGUAUGUGGAUGAGGUCAAAAACCAUCCAAAUUUAAACUUUAGGGAUGCAGUUUUGAAGCUCUUCUUUGGUGGGGAGAUCCCGGGGUUUGAGCCCUUUGAUGGGACGGAAAGGGAGGAGGUUGUUCUGGAAGUGAUCAAUAAGAAACUCACGCAUACGCUCGGUCAUUUGACUAUUCCUUUGUCAAGGGAGACCGCUGCUGUGUUGAUGGACAAGCUACCCAAAUCCAAUGAAUGGGAGCCCUUCAUUUUCGCGCAGGAAAUCCCGCAUAUGGUGGCUCGACUCUCGUCUCUAGUGUUUUUAGGGGAAAGGGUUUGUCGAAAUGAAACAUGGUUGAAUGUGUCCGUCAAUUAUACCAUCGACGCUUUCAAAGCUGCUCGCGAUCUCAGAGACUGGCCGGCAAUUACUCGACCACUUGUGCACUGGUUUAUGCCAUCAAUGCAGAAGGUUCGGCAUCACCAAAAGGUGGCAGCUGAGAUUGUCGAACAAGAAAUCAACAGGAGAGAUAUGAUCCGAGACGGCAAACUGCUAGAGAAGCCCCCGAGGACGCAUACAGAUGCCCUCGACUGGUUCCGAGAGGUUGCUGCAGGCCGUCCCUUCAACGAAGCAAUAGCGCAGAUCGGUCUUUCUGUGGCAGCAAUUCACACGACGUCAAAUAUGUUAACAAAUGUCAUGUAUGACUUGACGGCCCACCCGGAAUAUUUCCAACCGCUGAGGGAUGAGAUCAAGGCCGUCGUGGAACAGGAUGGCAUUCUGAAAAAGACCAGUCUUACUAAGAUGAAGCUGCUGGAUAGUGUCCUGAAGGAGAGCCAACGUACAAAUCCUGUGACUUUCGCCUUUCUCAAUCGGAUUGCAACGGGAGAAGUAGUGCUUUCUGACGGGACUCAUAUUCCCAAGGGCGCCAGCGUAGCUGUUUCGGCACACAUUAUGGAAGAUGAUUCAAUUUAUCCCAAUGCAAAGACAUUCGACGGUUUUCGGUUCUACAAGAAGCGCCAGGAGGCCGGUAAUGAACAUCGCUAUCAAUUUGUCACGACCAGUGCAGAACAUCUUGGCUUUGGUCAUGGCAUGCAUGCAUGCCCUGGACGCUUUUUCGCUGCCAAUGAGAUCAAAAUCUUCAUUGUCCAUCUGCUGAUGAAAUACGACUGGAAAUUUGCCGACCACGUUGGCCGGCCGAAGUCCAUUCUGCAUGGGACUGAGGUUAUAUGCGACCCAACCGUGAAGCUCCUUUAUAAAUCACGGCAGCCAGAGAUCGACUUGACUGUGUUCGGAGAAGGAACAGGUGACUAGCCAUGAUUGUUUGUUAUGCCUUGAAUUGUCUUCUGAUGACCGGAUGUUAUUGGAGUUGGCAAGAAAGUAUGAACGCAGACCUUUGUUGUAAACACAAAGUAAGGAAUAAUUAAGUUUCGCCUACACCUGUCCACUGGAUGUGUGGUUUGUGUAUGUGUGUGUCAUCGAAUGGAUGGGUGUCUUACAACAAGACCCUGCCAAUGAGAGAACAACAUUCAUGUAAGGGGUUGGACCCCAAUCAACCUAAUCCAUCUAACAUGGCAGGAUCACUAGUAAAAGCGGUGGAGCAAGUCCUUCAACAUUAGUGCUUACUAUCACAC